UGAAGGGACACUUCACUGCUAGCUAGAAUGAAAACCCUGAGAGGAGUGAGCUGAAUAUUCAGCAGCUCGGUAGCUUAGUUUCUAUAAACGCUCAGGCCAGAUGAAACAUUUCUGCUUCUCCUAACUGAACGCAGCUCCCGAGCUAAGUUAGAGCAGAGAAGAAACGCAGGGCUGGGACCGUGAUUCAGCGAGCUAGCUAAGAGAGAAAGAGGAAAAGACUGAUUAACGUAAACUGUUUGGCUGAAUCUUCUUCGGCGGCUGUUAGCUUCGUUUUAUCCGCCGGCUUUUUUUUUCUCCUCCCAACAAGAUGAAGGGAAGGUCGGGAUGACAGGAAGAUGGCAAACGGGGCUGGAAAGCACAAGCUGCUUGUGAUUGGACCGACGGAGCCAUGGUCAGUGAGGGAGAAGCUGUGUUUGGCCACAUCUGUCAUGAAGAGCGGGGAUCAGAACUGCAGGGUUUCUGUCAGUCGGGCCAUCAAACCAUUUGCAGAACCAGGCCGACCUCCAGACUGGUUCUCUCAGAAGCAUUGUGCCUCCAAGUACUCUGAGCUGCUGGAAACAACAGAAGCUCCAAAGCGGAAGCGUGGUGAGAAAGGUGAAGUGGUGGAAACGGUGGAGGACUUGAUUGUCCGCCGGCUGACUGGAGAGAGGAUUGAGGAACUGAAGAAGCUGAUCAAAGAAACACAGGAAACACACAGAAAGCUGAAAAGAGAGGCUGAGCUGAUUCAAGCGGGACAUCUGGAUUCUAAGUUGGAGGAGUUAUGGGAAGACAUUCAGCUGAAGAAGAAAAGGGAGGAAGAGGAAGCAGAGUUAAAAAGAAAAAACACAGACGCUGCUUAUCAGGCCAGACAGGCAGCUAAGAGCAUGUCUAAACGGAUACCCAGCAUUACCAUGCAUUCGCCCCCAGCUUGUAGCUCCCCAAGCCAGGACUUCCCACAGGGCGACCAACCUGAGAGCCUGACGCUGGAUGGUCUGUCCACAAAGAAUUCUUCAGGAGCAGCAACCUUAAUGACAUUUUCUCAAACCUCUGGAGCUGCUAACGAUGAGAUAAACCAUGGGGCACUUCUGGAGGACCCCACUCAGAAGAAGCUCCUAAACCAGAAGGCCACCCCCCCACCAUCUCCCCUCCUGUCAGAGUUACUGAAGAAAGGAAGCAUCUUGGCUUCAAAUUCCAGACUGAUUGGAGAGAGUGACGGGUCUCCUGGUAACGUGUCAGGAUCACAUGACUCACAGCUGCAUUCAUCCUGCCAGCCUCUUUCUCAGGCAACAGGUGCCCCGAUGCUGUCCCGUCUUCUGGAGGCAGGUCCUGCCCAGUUUUCCUCUUCGAUCGGUUUCAUGGUCGGCACAGACUCCCCUUCCAGUGGUUCCGUCUCCACAACUCCAUCCGCCUCCGUUGACCCUACCAUGUCAGAAAGCACAGCAGUGGAUUUGAUGGCGCCGUCUGUACGUCCUAACUGCCGAGCUGAUUCUGCUGAAGAUAAGGUAGCAGAGCUCAGUGAGGAGGAUGUGAGCUACAUGGGGGACGAGCUGGACCUGAAGACAGUGGGGGACAUUAUCGCCAUCAUUGAAGACAAGGCAGAUGAGGCAGCAGAGGCGCUGGAUGCUGCAGCAGUUGAAGCAGCUCUGUCCCUCUGUGAGGAGAAUGACCACGCUCUGACAGCGGCCUGGGAUGCUGUGCCUUUACAGCCCCAAGAACCACACCCCACUCACCGGAUUCUGGAGGGAGGAGCAGAAGUGUCUCUCUCUUCUCUGUACAGCAGCGAAGAAAAUAAUCUUCCAGCAUUUUCCCUGGAGCUGGGAAGCCUUCAUCCCACCUCCUCCUGCAACUCAAAGACUGUGGAGCACAGUGCCACGCCUGCACAGUGUCAAGGAGUGAGAGAGACAGAGGGAGCGGAUCGCUCACGCAAACGCAUUUCACUAGAUGGUAGCACACAGUGUGAAGGUGAAAAACCACCAGCACAAAAGCCAGAAAAAACCCUCAGAGUUUUAACAGACUCAGUAUUAGAAGACAAACAAGAAACAGACUGGGAGUCCCAGGAAAGGAAGGUAGAGGAUGGCCUCGGAGCUGAGGAAGUGGAGAAUGUGUCGGAGUCAAAAGCGGACAGCGAGGUCACAGGAACAGAGUUGUGUGAGGAAGAAGAUGGGGUGGAGGAGUUCUCCUCUGAACCCGAUGGCGAAAUGGAGCUAGAACCGGCAGCCAGCGAGAGCGAGGACGGUUACAGUCUCCGCACGGCUUCUUCAUCUCUCCAGCUGCACACCACUGCAGACUCCAUCCCCAGCAGCCCCGCCUCAUCACAGUUCUCAGUGUGCAGUGAGGAUCUGGAGGCUCUGCAGGCUCACAAGAUCUGGAAGAAAGCCAUCAUGCUGGUGUGGCGAGCAGCUGCCAAUCACAGGUAUGCAAAUGUCUUUCUUCAACCGGUAACAGAUGAAAUUGCUCCUGGAUACCACAGCAUUGUUCACAGACCCAUGGACCUGGCCACCAUCAAAAAGAACAUUGAGACAGGUUUGUUACGGACCACGGCUGAGUUUCAGAGGGACAUCAUGCUGAUGUUUCAGAACGCUGUCAUGUACAAUGGGCUGGACCAUGACGUGUACCACAUGGCUCUGGAGAUGCAGCGGGACGUCCUGGAGCAGAUCCAGCAGUUCCUGGCAACCCAGCUCAUCAUGGAGACGUCCGAAUCUGGAAUCAGUGCAAAGAGCCUGCGGGGCCGCGACAGUACGCGCAGACAGGACUCCACUGACAAGGACACCGUCUCCAUGUCCUCUCCAGCCUUCCUUCUUUCUCUCUUUGACGGCGGCACCAGGGGGCGCCGUAGUGCCAUUGAGGCUGACUUGAAGAUGAAGAAGUGAAAAUUGCUGAUAAAACUCUUGGAAACCAAGUUUAUAAAGCGAAAGAACAUGGAUGGGUGUUGGUCAGGGGGUCUACCGUGUGAAUUUAACUUGAUAACGUGAUAAAGCAUAAGCGUGGGAAAGCUCUGCUCUAAGACAGCCAUCAAGAUAUGGAUUAUAGAUCACUGUGGGGCAUCCUGUGUGAGCAGGUCAAACGUUUCAUCGAUGUUGCUGCAGAUCACUUAGACUUAACCUGCUUCCAUCUGCCUGGAACAGUAAAAACCUGCAGAGAUUUACUUCCUCACAAUGUUUCAAUAGCUGUGGUCCAUAUAUAAGGAUAUUAGUUACCCCUUGCCUACAGUUUGGUUGUUUAGUGUUUUUAACUCAUAAAAAUGUGUGUGUGUGUGUGUUAGUGUAAUAUAAAACCAAAGGUCAGAGAGUCUGGGAAAAGGUCUGCUUCUUAAAGAGGCAGAGCUGAACGGCACAUUCAUCCCAACCGAAAGGCCUUUUGUGUAACUUUUCAUUUCUUAACCUAUUUUGAAAGUUUGUUUUCUUAAAAUGUGUGUUUUUAUUUUCAAUUGUGUAGAAAUAGCUUUCCCUUGGUGACACUUCCUGUGAAACAGUAACAAUUUUGAAAUUUUGUUUGGAUUUAUGUUUCAUGUAUCUGAGCAAAUGCGAUGGUACUUAUUUGUUUUAUGGACCAGAAAUUGUUAGAACACAAUAAAAUUGUCCUGG